AUGACCAAACGAAAAAGACCAAGGGGAAGUCGCGGUGCUCGGGAUGUUACAAACGCUGGCGGAAAUUCUUCCGCUUCUGGACAAGGCGCUUCUGAUUUGAUGGUAUUGAUGCCAACAUCUGGAUCUCUCAUCAAACGUCAGUUGCAAAUUAAAGAAAUCAUCAAUCGAUUGGCCGAGACGGGAUUUUCUCAAAUGGCUCUGGUGCAUACUAUCUAUGGAAGACCCAAACCAGAAGAUCGGGUCGAUACUGCCAUGCCGAAGUCGUUGUGGGAAACGUCAAGAACUGACGACGAUGAGAAUAAACCAAAAGAUCCUCCGAUUCGAAUAUACCGACGACUUCAUGUCGUUUUGGAAAAUCUGUCAGACGUGGGACUGUAUAUGAAGAAUCAGGGCUUGUGUCAGGAACUGCUGAAAGAAUACGACCUGAUCUCUGUCUGUCCACGGAACGAAGGUGUCUUUCAGUCGGCUUGUGCUACUGCCAGCGUUGCCGACAUUGUCACAUUGGACUACAGCAUUCGGGGCACCCGGUUGCCUUAUAAGAUUCGUCCCGCCGACAUUAAAGCCGUUACAGAACGCGGGAUGGCAGUGGAGAUACCCUUGGUGCCUGCGUUGUUGCAUACCAAGCAACGGAAAGCUUUGGUCCAAACAAGUCGGGAACUGCAGCGUAGCUGUGCAGGAAUGAAACCUACCAUUAUAUUUGGAUCUGGAGAUCGAACUUUUGAAGAAUCGGACGUCGGUACCAUGGGAUUUAGAAUGCCUGGAGAUAUUACAAAUCUAUUGCAAACUGUCUUGCACUUCGACGCCAAGACAGCGAAAGUCGCGACAGGGGCAGCCUGCGAAAUGGUGAUUCGCAGAGCGCAAGCUCGAAGAUGGGGAGAAUCUGAUGUCAGUGCAGUAUUUUUGCAUGAAAAGGGCAAACCAUCUGCCUUGAAUCCACCGACUACCAAGGAAGAUGACGAGAAUUCUGACGCUGACAUGAACGGAGACGAAAUUGAUGGUACGCCCAUAGCUAAGGCAGCAAGGGUGGGACACAACGAUGACGAAGCUUCGGAUGAUCCAGUUGGAGAUGGCUUCAUUCAGUUCUAG